GUUUGUUUGCUUUCGAUCGAGACAACUCAAUCUUCUCCCACCUCCCCACAGCCUCUCUCUCUCACCGCUCUUUCAGUCACUCUCUAUCAAACCAUGACCGUCGACGCUGUGAAGAUCGUUGCCCGCUUGCCCGCCGGCAUUCGUGCCGCUGGAGUUGAUAACGCGGCCGUUGUCAAGCUCCGCGACGAGUACCAGGACGCUCUGCUCGCCAACUCCGACGUUUUCCCUGAGCCCGGCGCAUUUGCCCUUGUCUCCCUUUUCUUUGAGGAGGACAGCAACAAGAAGGUCACUCUUCGUGGUCCCGUCGGUGCUCAACAAACCGUUGAACUGGCCUCCGGCCAGGGUGUGGACUUUGCCUACGAGUUCCAGGCUAAGCAGCACAAGGUCUUUGAGGACGAGGCUGAAUUUGAGGGCUUCUGGAAGGGUCUUUUGAGGUUUUCCAGGUUCAGGUGGGUUGUCGCCGAGCUGUCGGAAAGUACCGAGGCCGAGUACAAGGCUGCGGAGGAAAAGGCGAUUGCGGCGGCAAACGUUAAGGAGACCGACGGUGCUAAGCUCCAUGAGCAGGGUGUUGCCGCCAUGGAGGCUGGCAACUUCAACGAAGCCCUCACCCUCUUCACCCGCGCUUUCAAGACGUGCGAGUUGCCCGAAGAAGCCCUGGAGAACGACGACAGCGAAGACCCACAUGCCGCCCUGAGGCUUCAGGUUCUUGGAUCUCGCGCAAAGGCCUCCUUCCAGUUGAAGGCCUACACUGUUGCUGUUCGCGAUGGUGAGAUGGUCGAGCGAAUCUACGGCCGUCCCGUCGAGGCUUUGGACAGCCUUGACCAGACCGAGGCUGGAUUCUACUUCCAGUCUGUUCUCACCUCUGCCGAGGCUAACCGCGCUUUGGGUAACCGUAUCGAGGCUGGUUCCGGAUACAUGGCCAUCAUGCUCCUCAAGAUGAUCGAAGACCAAAGGGCCGAAAUCCAGGCCGAGGCUGGUCAGACCCUCGAAUUGCCUGUCGCCCCCGAAUUGGCCAAGACUCUCACCGAGGCUGCCAGCGCACAAUUGGCUGCUCUUAACAUGGACGAGAACAGCGGAACCAUCUACAGUUUGAAGAUUUCCCUUGUCGGUGUGACUCCUGAGGUGUGGAGGACCAUCGAGGUCACCGGCCACACGACCCUCGGCGACCUGCGCGAAUACAUUACCAUGGCCUUCGGCUGGUGCGGAGCACCCAACACCCACGAGUUCGAAGUGUACGACCACGGUAUCGUUCGUUUCACCACUAUCCCCGACAACUUUGUCAUCCCUGAUGAGGAGGAAGAGUUCGACGAGCGUCACGAGAUCUGCGAAGAUGAAGACCUCACCAACGUAGCGAUGGUCGCCUCCAAGGUUGGCGACACCUUCACCUACAUUUACGAGAAAGGCGACUGGGUCCACCAGGUCACCGUUGAGGAAAUCCGGGAAGAGACCUUGAACGACGAUUGCUGCGCCGGUCACGAUGACGAAGAGAACGAGGAUAAAGAGCACGAGCACGAGCACACCUCAGAAUACCCCAAGGUCAUCGGCGGAGCACGCGCCUGCCCUCCCGACGAAGUCGGUGGCCCGGCGGGCUACGCCCAGUUCCUCCAGGCCGUGUCUGGAACACCAACCGAACGAUUCCCCGACCGCAUCUCUGCCCUGAACUUUGCCAAGGACAACAUCGGCUUCUCCAACAACGCCCUCGACUCGUGGGGUGGCUCCAUCGGCAAGCGCUCCCUCGAUGCCAUCAUCGAAGAGGUUGACGAGGACGAGGAAGAAGUCGUUGAAGCCGAGAAGACCCCUGCGGACCUCGAGAAGGGUGGAUGGGACGCCGAGGCCUUCAUCCUCGAUGAGGCGCAGAAGUGCCUUGCCACCAUCGCCGCCAUGCUCGAGAACGGAGACGACGAUGAGGAGGAGUGGGAGGAUGACGAGGAGGAGGAGGAUGAGGACCUUUGAACGGUUCACUCCAACCCUCGCCCGUCCAAAUAGGGCUUCCAAGAACGUUACCAUCCCCGGCGUAAUAUUUAUUCAUUCUUUAUUCCAACCUCAUCAUGUCAUCACCACCACAAACAAUCAUUUGUAGUUUGUAGAUUCUCAUAGGGAGUUCCCCACCCCACACACACAGUUUUUUAUAUAUAUGUACAUGCCCCUCCCCACAACAACGGCCCUCACCCACUUGAAAAAGAUUUUGUUCCGCGUUUUUUCAAUAUCAGUUGGUUUUCCUUUCGAGGAUUUUGUUUCUGGUCCAAUGUUUGCCGUGUAC